AUGGCCACUCGCCGGAGCCCCGCCACCACCCACCACCGCCUUCUCCUACUCCUCCUACCCUUGCUGCUAAUCGGCUCGUUCCUCCUCCCCCUCUCGUCCGCCUACCGCCCCGGCGACAUCAUCCCCAUGCUCCGCUCCGGCCAGUACCACGGCUCGAGGUCGGUGUGGUUCGACGUCAUCGGCCGCCACUGCCCGGUCUUCGCGGUCAACCGGGAGGUGCUGAUGCCGAUCCCCAAACCCACAGGGUUCACCGGUGCGGAUCCGUAUAAGAUAACAUUUCAGAUUGGACACGAAAAGUUCCAUGUUCCUUGGCUUUAUGUUAUUAAUCGCAAAAGCUCUGAAGUUCCACUGAUUGAUUUCCAUUUAAAAUACACUGGAAACGAUUUGCUUGGUGUUACGGCUAAAGUAGUCGACAUGCCUCACCAUUUUGUGGAACUUCAUCCUGACAUAAAGAAGGAUUUCUGGGAUCAACAGAAUUGGCCAAAAUAUGUACUUGUUAGUUAUACAUGGGAGGAACAAUCAGAGAUAGAUGUUACUGCAGGAUUCUAUGUGUUAUUUGGAUCUGGCCUUGUUCUUUCCUUCAUCCUUGCAAUCUAUGUAUUGCAAUCAUCUCAAGAUAAGUUAACAAGGUUUGUGCGAGAAGCGGUUUCUGAUAGCAGUCUACCUGAAGGAGGGGUUGCAAAGGUUGAGUGA